AUGCUGCCUCGACCAUCUCGCUGGACUGAUGGAAAGCUCUCGGAGUCGUACCGUCCUGUUCGGAUUCGCCUACCUGUGGCAGUACCGAGUCGGGCCCCAUUUCUUUUUCCGCGGGUGCGAGCCCCCUUGCAGGCGACUCCUACAUCUGCUUGCGCGGCUCCGGUUCUGCGUCCUCGGCUACGGACUCCUAUGUCACCGUACCUUCGGCCAUCUUGGACUACUCCAACUUCAGGACCGCUUCACACACCGAGCCCUUGCUUUCCCCCGGCUCCUCCCUUUGCAAAUCUGGGCAUUCGAUCGGUCUCAACUAUGCAGGAAGCUUUUCGCAAUGCUCGCAAUUCGCAGCUGGACCGUUGGCUGGGCAUAGCAUGCUCUGCACGCAAGGACAGUGACGUGAUCUCGGAUCUUCUCCGUCAGCCUGGGGGCGAGACACAUAUGGUGCGUCUGGUUGUGUCUUAUGCACCUGCAACUCUGAGUGCCUACUUCAACUGCUGGGAUCAGUGGGUCUCCUUCUGCGCGGUUCUGUCAGAGUCCCAGUUUUCGCCCAGCCUGCGUGUGCUGCUCGACUUCCUCCAGGUUCAUGCACGGGGUACGUCGCAAUCAGCAGUUGGUUGGAUUAAGGGUCUCCGCUUUGUGGCACGCCGCCUCGAGAUUCCCUCGCUGAUUUCAGCACUGGCAACAUCGGCGGUGUCCUCUUAUGCUCGAGCGGCGGUGGCAACACAACGGCUUGAGACUGCCCCUCUACCAUUGUCUUUUGUCAUCUGGCUGGAGGUUCAGAUCCUCGAUGUGACCCUCUCUCCCGCUCGACGUUUGCAGUGUGGGGCUUUUCUGACCUGCAUUUUGGCUAGCUUGCGCUGGUCGGAUGCUCUUUGGUCAUCGCCGGCCAAGGUUCACGCCGUGGAAUCCGCUGUCCUGGGUUGUGCUAUGCGAACCAAGACGACAUCGCGUUCCAUGCCUUGGGCCGCUCUGGCCAGCGGCUUUACAUCCCGCCCGGUGGGCGGCCCGGGUUGGGGCCAGGUGUUCGUGCAGCUCUUGCAAGAAGCGGUUCAUACGACUACCUCUUUGCACCCCAACUUCGAGCCGGAUUUUCUUCUGGCGGAGCUCGGCGACGACCCCUGGCGACCUCAGUUACUGGGUCCUCUCUCUCGACACCGAGGUAUUCUGCUCCUGCGGUCAUUGCUUCGGGAUUGCUAUUCUUCUACGCCGGCAGAGAAGCGUCCAGAUUUGGACCUUAUCGGAGUCCACUCUCUGAAGGUCACCCUCCUCUCCGUGGCUAAACAGCUUCUGCUCGAUGAUAAUCUUCGUCGUCAGCAAGGUCAUCAUCGCUCGGUUUCCGGGGCGAUGCCAGAGUUGUAUGGGCGUGAUGACAUCGCCGGUCCCUUGGAGUUGCAGCAGCAAGUGGUGAGGGCCGUGGCAUCUGGCUUUCGCCCUCUACGUCCUAGUGCUCGUGGUUCUCGGCCACCCUUGCCCGAUGUGCCGUUCACAGUGCCUGCCCUCGCCCCGGCCGAGCCAAGUGGUGAAAUUCCGGCCUUGAGUGCCAGACCGCCAGCGGAGCUGGACGUGGACUCCUCGAGCGAUUCUGAGGACGAUGAUCCUGGUGCUGGGCUGGUGCGUGCAGCGGCUUCUUCUUCGACCUCUGGCACCUUCGACCUGGUCUCGUUCGCUCCGGAUGGUGCCCCCGCUUCUACCUGCGUACCUCUCCCAGCGGUUCCUUCGGACGAGGUGACUUCUUCCAGUUCUCCAGAUUCGGCUCUUAGUGCAGCUUGGCAGGCAGCCGAGGAUGCGGAGGAAUUCGAGUUCCUUUUCAACCCAGUCAGGCAUGUUCUGCACCUAGCCAAGACCCUGUGA